UCCUCAUUCUCACAUCCUCCAUUUCAUUUUUAAAAAAAAUUAUUUUUAAAAAAGCUUCAGCUUCUCAUCAAUGGCGGCGACCGCCAAACGUAACGGCGUGACGACGGAGAGGCGUUACAGGGGAGUGAGGAAGAGGCCGUGGGGCCGUUACGCCGCCGAGAUCAGAGAUCCCGCCAAGGAGACACGUGUCACCUUCGACACCGCCGAAGCGGCGGCCCGUGCCUACGACAAGGCGGCGCUUGAGUUCCGCGGCGCCAAGGCUAAAACCAAUUUCCCUCCCUCCGUCCACGACGGCGACAGUGAUCUCCCCCACCGCCGUAACCAGAGCCCGAGCCACAGCAGCACCGUCGAGUCAUCGAGCCGAGAUCCGGUCACCGAUUCGUCUCCGCCGGCUCUCGAUCUUAACCUCGGAUGCGCCGAUUUCGCAUCGGCCGCCGCUAGAUUUCAUUUUCCGGUGAUCGGAUUCGGUAGCCCGGUGGAGGUUCUGGCGAGCGAUUUCGCCGCCUACGCAGAGGCCGCGAGGUGGAUGACGGCGGCGCGCGAGUGCGACGCGCGAGUUGGAUCGCAGAGCAGCGAGUCGGACUCGUCGGCGUCGGUGGUGAUAGAUCUGAACCAACGCCACGUCAGACCUCGAAGGGCGCGCGCGUUCUUCAAUCUCGACCUCAACCUGCCGCCUCCGCCGGAGGCCGCUUGAUAUUUUUCGAGCCAUUUUAAAAAAAUUAAUUUUGAAAUAAUAAUAAUAAUAAUUUUGUGGAAACUUUUAAAACAUUCCAAAUAAUCAAAGAUGGUAAUAGAUGAUAAUUACUUAGGGUUCCAAUAGAAAUGUUUUUUUUUUCAGCAUAUUCCCUCCUUAUGCUGUUUAUCACCAUUGUAAGUUGUAACCCUUUUGCUUUUUAGAUUAAGAAAUAUAUAAAUUCGAUUUAAUUUUGUC